UCUGUUUGCAAGUGUUACCUUCUUUGAAGGUUUAUUGUUGACUUUUAUGAAUUUCGUUUCUUUCCUCGGAGUUUCUGCUUUAUUUUUAAUAGUUUUAUAUUUGUUUUUUACGUGAAUAUGACUAGCCAGGCCGAAGGAGAGGGAGAAAGGGCCAGGAUGACGAGUCAGACGAAGGAUGACAGUUCGGACGAAGAUGGUAAACGGGUCAAAACUCGGACGAACAGCAUCUACCCGAGGACGUGCAAAAAAUGUUCGACCGUGUUCAAAAACAGGCACGCCUUCUGGAACCACCGGGUCGUCUGUUCCGGGGCGGUGAUCAUCUGCGAAGACUGCAGCCACGUCUACAGGUCCAGGCUCGCCUUCUACGAGCACAAGUGCCAGAAUCGCAAGACGGGCCAGGGCUGCAAGAAGCUCACGAAGUGCAUCGCUCAGGGAUGCGAGAGCAUGUUUUUCAGGAGGACAGAGAUGCUUAAACACAUGGAAGCUGUUCAUUUGAACAAUAUCAACGAUUCAACCCUCAGUUUUUCUUCCAUUCAAGACUUUGAAAAAUGGAAGGAGUCUGAAUCGCAGAAGAAUUUCACCUACUUUAGGAAGCAGAGAGGCACAAAACGAUUAAAGGGUACAGAAUACACUUCCUUCGUCUGCCAGUUUGACGCACCGAAUCGUAAAAAGGGCUCCAAGAUUCCGAACUACAGCUGCCCUGCAAGGAUGCAAGUAUUAAAAAAUGAAAACGGUGAGGUUUCCGUCCGGUACAUAUCCACCCAUAAUCACUCCCUGACCAGGGCCAAUUUAAAAUUCCAUCCUUAUUCCAAAACGGUUGUGAAUUACAUAAAAGAACUUCUGAUCGACGGAGUCAGUCCAAAAACAAUUUUCAAAAUAUUAAAAAGGAAAACGGAAGAUACUGAUUUUUUGCAACUUAAAGACCAUUCGAUCACUGUCAAGUACAUAAAUAACAUCAAAUAUCAGCUCAAAGUCAAGGGCGAGUUGAAGGAAACCCCUCCCAGCUCAAAGUGCUAUCACAAAGACGGUACAGAAAUUCCCGUUAGUUGUGUGAUAUCACUAUCUGAUUCUACUUGGAUAAUAGUUUCUCCUCAGGAUCAAAAUUCAAGUUGUGUUGUGGAAAAGUAUCAUUUAGAAUGUCCUGAACCAGAUAAUUGUUUUUAUAGGUGCAAUUACUCUGUUUGUAAAGGACUUUGCAGUCACAUGUACUCAUGUUCUUGCUCUAUCGGUUCUCUUUGCAAACAUAUCCACAGAGUACAGUCUCUCUGUAAGAGAAUGCAGAACAAAUCUCGCGAUUUGAUUAAAAGGGAAACUAAACAGCAUUCGAGAAUGGAAAUCAUCAUUGAAGAAGAUGAUUUUGUAACAGAAAAGACUACAAAUUGUGAUAUUAUUCCACAUGAUAACUUGGAAGAUAUUGAUAGCACUUAUGAUGAUGAUACUCUUUCUGACACGUAUAGAGAAAAUAAAGUUGUCAAAAAUAUCUACUCAGUGCCAGAAGAGCUGAUACAAAUUGAGUACAGCGAUGCUCUGGAUGAUGUUUUACAAGAAGACGAAAUACCAAACUAUGACCUAAAAAUUGGCAUUAGUGAAAAUGAAAAAGAUGGUGAGCACCGAUCUGCCGGUGAAGAUCUGUUACUCAAAUUGACUAAUGCUUACAAACUCGUGUCUUCAGGUGUUUUGACCCAAGCUAACAAAGUCCUUGAAAAUGCGCUGAAAGAAAUGUCUGAGCUAAGUUAGCUUUGGUUUUUCUCAAUAGGUAAAAUCCAAUUAGAAAAUCUGUGAUAAAAUUAAUUAUAGAUUUAAUUUAUUAUAUAUAUAUUUUUUAAAUAU